AUGCGGCACGACCCUAGUGAAGAAGUGCUCCCAAGCCAGGCCCCGAACUCCGACAAGAGCCCCAAACCCCACAAGAGCCCCAAGUCCAACAAGAGCCCCAAGUCCAGCAAGAGCCCCAAGUCCAGCAAGAGCCCCAAGUCCAGUCCUCCUUCCAACUGUCCGGAGAUCCCACAGGAUGCCGAGCCACCUGCAAAAGGUAAAGGCACAGGUGACCGCACAGCCCGAAAGCUCUUCGAGAGUACCGGACCACCCAAGAAGUCGACCAACCAAUAUGAGGAUGGAUCAUACUGGAGGAUGCGCCGAUACUUCCAGCCCAACAGCAAAGGUGAGAAGCUCCGGCGGAUGUUGCAGGAGCACGGCUCCUUUGCAGCAGUUGAGGUGGAGCUGAAGCGCUACCACAAGAAGGAGGACGAGGAGGAGCUGGAGGGGGGAUGGCACACACAAGUUUCCUUGGAGAAGGAAAACUGGACUGAGUCUAUGAUAUCCAACAGCCGGCAGUGGGCCCUGGCUCGAAAUCUUCUGCGGCGCAACGAAGUGCACGGUGCAGAAGAGUGGAGGAUUCCAGUGAGGGAGGUUUACCGCCACCGUACAGUGAAGGGCCAGAGCUCUGAGAUGAAGGGCACUCUGGAAGUGGAGGACCCUGAUGGGGAGCUGCUGAACGACAAUGCAGACAAAGAUGGGCUCAUGCUGAGAGGCUCUGUUACGAAUGUUCGUGCCCUGCAGCAAGCCCCUUCGAACGGUUCGGGGAAGAACCAGCUGCAGCUGCCGGUCUUGCAAGAGAACACGGACCCCCUGUGCCAUCUGCCCAUCUACAUCGACAUCAUCGGCAAGAAGCUCGACAAGUGCAUGGAAGUGAAGGAGAAACUCGAGUCUAUGAAUGUGGCACGUGGCCAGAAGCUGGCUGAUGAAAUGGAUACGCAGCUGAAGAAGUACCAAGACAUCUACGACAGGCUGAUCGAGGUCCAAGGCAACAUCAUGGACAACCCGUCCAAGUCCUGGAAGGAUGCACUUGUGAAGCAGUUUGUAGAUUGCACCAAAGCAGAUGUUAACAUCAACAACUUGCUGAGUGUGAAAGCCCCGACUUCGAAGAAGGAGAAGGAGACCCCGGAGAAGAAGAGCGGCAAGAAGAAGGGCAAGGACAGGGGGGAGAAGAAGCCGAAAAAGGAGGCCAAGUCAGAGCGGGGACGCACUCUGAGGCGGCUUCUGGGGCCAGGCCAAGAGGAUGAUGACGACGAGGACGCAGAGCUGGCGCACGAACUGAUGUAUGACUACCUUUCCGGAGAUUGGAAGUAUCUCCGCCAGGAUUGGUAUGUUCUGUCAAAAGAUGCAUCCUGGCGUGACACGAUUGGCUGCCGAACAGCCAGCCCUCACAAAACUGACGAGAUCCCUCUGUUCAGAAUUCCGGGAUUGAAGACAAAUGCAAUCAUGACAGAUCUUAUGCACACGUUUCAUUUGGGCUGGGGCCAGGAUUUGGCAGCUAGUGGGCUGGUCCUGCUAUGCAAUCUGGACGAGUUCGGGAGAGGUGCAAUGGAUAAACGAUUGCAUCGAGCAUACACAAUGUUCGUGGCCUACUGUGUUAGGAAAACCAACAAUGACUGGCCGACAUCUCUUGGUGGCAAGGCUUAUGAUACCUUCUUGGUUCUGGCUUGGAUGGAGGAUCACCUCGAAAAUUCGGUUGCUGAUAUUGCAAAACUUGAGCAGGAGCUUUGA